CAAGUCCCGUCACCCGCAAAUGUCAUACGUGUCACUCAAAAUCAGCUGAUUUGUUUAUUUUGCAAUGGCCCCAAAAAAACCCUCUUCCACCCCAAGGUAGCCUUCUAACUAGGGGCCGGACGAUGAACGGGGCGGGCGAGGAGCCCUGGACCCUCUACAAAGCCUCCCAAUACCUCCCCGCGGUCCUAAGCGACCCCCACAAAGGUAAACAGUUAAAUUUCUUCACGCGUACGUGGGGCGACUCCUUUGUCGAGCGAAGCGAAAUCGAGCGAAGCCCCUUCCUGCCCGAGAUCACUUACGCCCACUUCGAACAGUAUUUAAAGAAAUACGGGAAACGUUGUCGCAGGCAUGUGCAAUUGAAACAGUUAGGGCUCAAGGAUAAGGCUAGUGAUAAAUCGGGGCAACAACAGCAGCAGCAACAAGACAAACUGGGGCUGAUCCCGAGCAUUUAUAUGCAAAACGAGUUCCGGUUAAGUGACCCGAAAGUGUUUAGUGAGGUGUUUGAGUUGGGCGACUCGAAAACUGAGCAUGAUUUACAAGACGAGUUGAGUCACUAUUUGGAUAUUGUCGAGGAGCAAAUUGCUAAACAAGUGUCCCAGAAAUCGGGGGCCUUUUUCCACGCGAUGACCUCGCACGACACCAUCAUGGAGCAAAUGGGGCAGGCGUGCGGCGAAGUGAGAACUUUACGUGCCAAAGUGCAACAAGUCGAUAAGUGUUUGACCAGUGACCCAUUAAAGUUACUUGCUCGUUCUCGCUCAAAAAACAACCAUAAACAACUGCUCGAUAAGUUGAAAUUGAUGUCUACGGUGCUACAGACCCAACCCACUCUGCAGCUUCUGUUGAGCUCCUCGGAUUACGUGGGGGCGUUAGAGCUGAUAUCGAGCACCCAAGAGGUGUUGGCCAAGGAACUUGCCGGGGUCACUAGUUUGAGGCAUUUACCGUCGCAACUCAAAGAAAUGUCAAAGUUAAUCGAUAAAAUGUUGAGUUCCGAGUUUGAGAGGUAUGCUGCAGCUGAUUUGCAUCCGCCUUGUAAUGAUAUCGCAGUGCUGGAGCAGGAGCGAUUGGUGUCUCUGGUGGCGGGGCUGUUGAGGCAGAAUAAUUUGCAAUUUUUGGAAGCGUACAGGCAGGAGGCCAUAACGGCCUCGCAGGCCGCCAUGAAACAGUUGAUGAUUGAACAGUUGGCCGAUGCCGAGGAUGAGUUGAAUGAAUUAACCGGAUCAGGUGAGGUGGCCCCCUCAAUGGACUCGGCCCAUUGGAUUAACGUUUUGAGGUUAGGAAGUGAGGCCCUGGGUAAGAUAAUGUAUAGGGUGAAGUCGGUUCAUGAUGUGAUAAAAGAGGUGGCGGAGGUUAGUAGUGGGCAAUGUACCACAGCAUCGGUGUCCAAUAUGGACCGAUUUAUUUCCUUGGAGGAGUAUAAUCGGGUGUCGGUGAAAUUGAGGUUAUUGUUGACCUCGGUGUGUGAUUAUUGUAGCGAGAGGUUGGCCGCCCUGGUCAGUCAACAGAGCGAGAAAAGUUCCGUAACAUCUUCGCAGGUGGCAGACUUGGCGAACAUCGUCGAACAGUUCGCCAAACAAUGCGAAUCGAUCUGCGGCAAACCGGGCAGCGCCCUAAAGGCCGCCUUCAAAAUCCAGGCGGCCAAUUACGCCCACAAGUUCCACCUACAACGCAAAACCAAACUGACCAUCCUCCUGGAGGCGGAACGUUGGAAAUCCGCCCAAGUACCGCCCGAAAUCCAACAAUUGGUCGACGAACUGUCGACAGGCGAACCGCUGACCGCCCUCCGUCAUUUCGAGCAGGGCGAGGCGGAGUCCCGGGCCGCGCCCACCUUGAGGGCGGGGUCGCAGCACUACGUCACCGUCGGCACUUGUUUGAUCCUCGUGCGAUUGGUCGCGGAGUAUUGCGUGUGCGCGUACGACUUGAAACUGACCACGCCCCUCGUCGUGCGUCACCUCACCGAACUGCUACGGACGUUCAAUACGAGGGCGUGUCAGUUGGUGUUGGGGGCGGGGGCUCUACGUACGGCCGGCCUCAAGACCAUCACCAGCACGAACUUGGCGUUGGCCUCGCGCUCUUUGCAAUUGUUAUUGUGGUUGAUACCGUUGGUGCGGGGGAUUUUUAAGCGGUUGUCGUCGGGGCACGAGGAGAGUUUUAGCGCGCUGGAUAACGUCGAGAAAGAUAUCGGGAAUCACGUGAACCAACUGGAGGCGAAGGUGUUGAGUAUCAUGAACAUGCUGCUCGGGGAACAGUUGAACGAGUGGGAGGCCAAACCUCCGGUGCCGAGUAAACAGUUUCGGAACGUGUCGCGGCAUUUGACUAAGUUGCACGAGGCCGUUAGUGCCGUUUUGCCGGAGGAACAGAUAAGCGACAUCUACCAGGAGAUCCACAAGAACUUUAAGACGCGACUGCGGGAGCAGAUAAUCAAGAUGAACGUGCAGAAUAACGGGGGACCCCAGCACGGUCUCGUCACCACCGAAAUCAUUUUUUACCUGCAAACGAUGAAAAUGCUGAAAGUGUUACCGGACAAGUUCGUGGCAGAUCGGGCCAUGGACGACGUGUGGGAUAAAUAAUAAACCACGUUUUCUUUUGUUUUUUUAAUAAUUUACGCGCCCUAAAUAAAGGUGUUUUUGUUUUAAAA